AUGGCACCAGCCUCAGCACCUACUGUCCUCUCCGGCGGAGGCUCGUCCAAAUGUCUCAACCCUGGCGGCUCAGCAGCUCCUCGACCGACGUCUCCCAGCGACACGCCCAACGCUGCCGUCGCGGAAGGAACGCAGCCGGAAAUAAUCCCGAAUGGCCCUGGUUCGACCGGGUCUACGGAAAAUGCACCUGUCUCCAUCAUCGAAGCGGCUACAAAGAUCGCUCGCGACCAAACGGCAGCCCAUGAUGCCAAGCUGGCAGUCUUUCGGGCCUUUAGCGAAUCAUUCGAACAGACAGCCAAACAAUUCACGUCCGGCUCCCACAAUAGCAUCGCAAAGCAAGUUGCCACCAAGUUUCUGAACCUCUGGACUCAAUCGCUCGCCGACCUUGAGGAACCACCGAAACCUACGUACAGCAGCGUUCUCGCAUCCGGCAAAACGACACAAGGACAGCUGGCCAUUACGGCCUCCGCCCCACCACAGCGAAAACAGCAAACCACCACUCGUCUCCAAGGACGACCGCCCGUGGCCCCACCCAAGGAAGACCUGCGUGUCUUUGUCCGACUUGACGCCGAUGCUCCGGCCCGAAACCAUGAAAGAUACGCAAUCCGGACCCACAUCGCCGCCAGAGUCGGCAUCGACCUACGCCGCAUCCCGGCAGCCUUCCCGGUAAACACGGGUUGGGCCAUCCUGGCAUCGGAUGUGGCCACGCGCGAACUACUCGUGCAGCGACAGGCGGAUUGGGCCGUAGAUCUGGACGCGACGGCCGUAGAGAUUAGCCAGAAAUGGCAUUCGUAUGUCGUAGCCGAUUGCCCCCGUAGGCUCACGGACCUACGCGGCGUUGAGAUCAACUUCGAUGAGGCGGUCAAAGAAGAAAUUGCCUGCCAAACCGGACUGAAGCCCAUCAGCAUACGGACCUCGCGACACGACUCGGGCGAUAUGCCUACCCAGACCCUUAUUGUAUCCUUCCUGGAACCCACGCAGAGACCCUGGCGACUGUUCGGCGCCAGCCGGUUCGCCCGCUAUAUCGACAAGCCCAGCAUUCCUAGCCAAUGUGACAAGUGCUGGGAUUUCCACGUUCGACACAGCUGCGAUCGAACGGCGCGCUGCAGGCGUUGUGGCAAAACCGGCCAUCGUAGCCAAGAAUGCACCGCCCUCGAGCAGUGUGCAAACUGCCUUGGACCCCAUUGCGCGGAUGACCCCAAAUGCCCUGCCCGCCCCAAGCGCGUUCACGGCAUGGUCCGGCGCCUGACGAAGGAGGAGAAGAGCCUGGUACGGCAGAUGGGAGUUCAGCUCUGCGCAGCAGAAGCGGCAGACUCAAAGGCCAGAGUGUCCGACCAGUCUAAUCAGAGCCCUGGCAGGCCGCAGAUACUUUCCUUGGAGUCAACGGCGCCGCGGGCAGCUGGAGGAGAUGGAAGCUCCGACAUGGGCGCCAUUUACGAGCCAGCCGCGCCGUCAACCCCAUGCAUCGUUGUGGCCACAACGCCGCCGCAUUCCUGUGACGCUACCCUAAUGCCUCGCUGUUUUCCACGCAAUCGAAGCGAUAGGAGGAUCUUGCGAAUCUUCCAAGCCAACGUAGGCAAGAUUCCGCCGGCACACGAUUGUGCCCUUGCGUUGGCCGACUCGGAACAAUACGACAUUAUUUUGUUGCAGGAGCCAUGGACAGGACUGAAAGAUGGCCGAUGCCUCACUAAGACGCAUCAGGCCUACGACACCUUCUCACCCGUCAACGACUGGGACGGCCGCGACACUCGCCCGAGAGUCAUGACAUACGUCCGGCGUUCCGCAGGUCUCGUCGCUGAUCAAAAGAGACCUGCGGCGACUCGUGACAUCCUUUGGCUCACCGUCAACGGCAUAACAGUCGUCAACUUCUAUCGGCAGCCGUACCACGACGGAGCCCUUGAAAUCUUGCUUCAGUGGACCGUACCGGACAAGUGUCUUGUUGCUGGUGAUUUCAAUGCCAAACAUCCCAGCUGGCAGGCCGGUCGACGAGAGGACCGCGGCGAAGAAAUAGCGUUUUGGGCAAUGGACAAUCGACUCGGCUUACUGAAUCCUGUCGAUGUCCCGACCAACGCACACGGCAAUACGGUUGAUCUCGCCUUCUGCAACAUACCUCUGGCCGACGCUGUUGUCGAGGAUCAUCUAGCAACCGGCUCCGAUCAUUUUACCCUUAGUAUCACGCUGCCAGGACAAGUUCUGGCACCCCUUCCAAUAGGAAAGAUCCAUCUCAACUCCGACGAGGAAUUGAAGCGAUUCAUUGAAUUAGUGGAGGCCGGUGCCGCCUUCAUCCCGAUCACCACGGCAUCUCCUUCCGAGCUCGACAGCUUUGCGUCGGCGCUCGUCCGUUUCAAGCUCCUCCUGCAAAUUGACGACCGAGUGUAUGAGACGCAGCUGGAAAAGGCCACCGCCUUGCGACAAGCCACUCUGGAACGGCGCACGGCGAACGACGACAUCCCAGAUCCGUGGAUCUCCGUGAACACAGAUAGGACGAUACCCUUCACCGACCGAGUCUCUCCGGAGGAGACCCGCGACGCCACGCUACGCACCGGGAAUACGUCCCUGGUCCCGACAAUAUUACGGUGCGGAUGCUCCGCGCUGUCUGGCAUGCGAUCGGAAGUCUCGUCCACCAGCUAUAUCAAGGCUGCCUCAGGAUUGGCCACCAUCCGAAGCCCUUCCGAGAAGCAGAAGUGGUCAUGA